UAAUUUUAAAUGAUAAAAAAAUGAAUACGAAAUUUCAUUAUAUACUUUUGACUGGUCCUCCUGGAAUUGGGAAAACAACAUUGGUGCGUAAAAUAUGCGAAGAUUUAUUAAAUACACAUGAAAUAGCAUGUGAUGGUUUCUUUACGGAAGAAGUGCGUGAUUUAAGAGGAGAGCGCGUUGGUUUCGAUGUGAUUACCCUUCAAGGAAAGCGAGGAAUUUUAGCAAGGUCAAAGCCUUCGGAUAACCUUAAAAGACCUCGUAUUGGCAAAUACUCUGUUUACAUUCAGGAAUUUGAAGAACUUGCUUUACCUAUAUUAAGGUCAGACAACCACAAGCGGCAAUUGUUAGUUAUCGACGAAAUCGGUAAAAUGGAGCUAAUAAGUAAGAAAUUUGAAAUGGCUGUAAAUUUUUGCAUAGAUAAAUGUAUAAUAUUAGCUACAAUACCGCAAAAAAUGCAUCAUAGUUUGCUUUUGGUGCAAAAGCUGGAGACAAAUCCUAAAACGAGAUUAUAUGUUAUAGGCAAGGACAAUCGCAAUAAACUACACGUUGAAAUUGUUCAAACUGUGCUAAAUGCAUUAAAAAAUUAAAUCCAUUUUAAUAAAUGUUAGACUAUCACGUUUUGUUGAUGGCAAUAUGUUUGCACAUAUGUCAACGGUUUCUUUGAGGGAUUUUUGAUCGAAAUAUUUCAAAAUAUUACUAGUUUAAUUUGAUAAUAGCGGAGAGGAAAAGUAAUUUAUUUCCAAAGUAGAAACUUAACUUUGGAAAGCUGGCAUACGUACAGUAAGCUGAAAAAAGCUUUAGAUAAAUCUUUCAGUAAUGAAAAUAGCGUUUAUUCUUUCCAUCACGGCAGGUUCAUUAAAAAAAAUAUUUUAGUGAGAUGCAAAACUUUGUCUUCAAGAUUUACUGAUGAGUUUUAUUGCGACUGUUCGCUUUAGAAAGAGAAAUAAACAGAAGAUUCCCUUUGUAUGCCAAUGCUCGGCAGCGAUAGCGAUAAGUGAUAUUCUGCCUGUACAAAUGCCUAAAGUAAACCUAUUAGCGUUAUGCAAGCACUGAGAGCUUGCAAGACCUUGCUUUUGUUUAUUCAUUGAGAUAUACAUAUUAUUUCUCAUAAUAAUACGAAGUAUUCUUGGGGAAUACAUUAGACGGACAUAAUCGCGCCGUU